GAAACUCCAAUUACUUUUCUGAAGGGUUUCCAUGCAAUCUUUCCCAAUGUGGUAACACUUCAAGUGCGUGCUAGUUCUUUUGAAACAUUGUUCCUCACUGGAGGAAUUGAUAAUCUAAAUUCACAAUCACUCAAGCAAAUAAAAAAUUUGUUUCUUUUCGAAUUAGAACAACUCAGGUUUAUUUGGCAGGAAGACUUUUCAGUGGGUUACUUUUUAGUGCAAGAUCUUAAAAAUUUGAGCUUACGCAGCUGUCCCAGUUUGAUAUGUUUGGCACCAUCAUCGUUGCCUUUAAAUAACUUAACUGAUUUGGAGGUGGACAAUUGCAUAGGACUGGUUUAUUUGAUAACAACCGAAACAGCUAAAAGUCUUGUACAACUCACAAAAUUAGUAAUAGGAAACUGUGAAAAGAUGUUAGAUGUUGUGAAGGUUGAUCAAGAGAAAGCAGAAGAAGAAAUCAUAUUUGAAAACUUGGAAAUCUUGGAAUUCUCUUCUUUGUUAAGUUUGCGAAGUUUCUGCAAUGGGAAACAAGCAUUCAUAUUCCCAUCUUUACUAGAUGUUGUUGUUAAAGGAUGUCCUCAAAUGAAGAUUUUCUCAUCAGGAUUCACAGUAGCACCAUUCCUGAUAGCAGUUGAAGUGGAAAACGAAAAGAAACGGUGGAAAGAUGAUCUUAAUACCACUAUUGAACAAUUGUUCAAAGAGCAGCAGGAAGUCUAGCGUUGUUAUUGAGAAAUAAGACCGUCAUAUUAUCUCAAGUUUCCAUGGUGAAGACUUGUAACACAUGCAACAUGAUACUCAUUGUUCAAGUCACAACUGAUGCAAUAAAAUCUGGAUCUCCUAGGGCCACAAAAAAUUGUUAAGAACAUAGUUUUUGUUGUUUUAGCACUUGCUAUCUCUUUAAGGUCAUUGUGCUAAAAAAGUUGUACCAAUCAACAUUUGUUGAAUUAAUAUUGAAUUUCU